UGAAGAAGACUAAGUGUCAAACUAGUAUCUAACCUAGGAAAGUAGUCCAUUGGGCUGUUUUAUUUAUUUACUUUUAAAACAAUAAUUUUAACUGACAUGGAUAAUAUAAAUGUUAAUAGAAAUAACACAAUUACCUCCUUAAAUUCAAGACUAAAUUCAGAUGUUUACUUCCUCAUUCAACGAUUUUUAUCUAAUGGAACAUUAAAAAGGACUUUGCAGACUUUAAAUGAGGAACUCGAAGAGAAAAAGAUUUUACCUAAGCGAAUUGAUUGGGAGGGUCAUGAGUACGAUAGAUCAGUGGAAGAUAUGGAAAAUCAAUAUCCCUAUAUUGGACAGGACUUUUUGUAUUAUUUGUCUUGUCAAGCUUCUAAAUAUUUGAACCCAAAUUGUCCAGAUACAUCUUCACUCCUAAGUUUUCGUCCAAAGGUUAGAAAUAAAGUCGGAGUUUAUACAAACUAUAAACAGUUUUACAACUAUGUUACAAGACUGCAUGGUGCACCAAUACAGGAAUUAAAAAGUUCAUUCAAUAUUAUCAAUAGUAUAAGAGGUAGAGAAAUCGCAGGACCAUUUUCAAGGCAUAGAGCUAUAACACCAAAAUUGUAUAAUGGUAUUCAGAAUCAAAGAAUUACACUUGGUCAUUUAUCAGCUGUAUAUUGUUUACUUUUUGAUCAUUCUGGGAGAUAUAUUAUAACUGGAGCUGAUGACCUGUUAAUAAAAUUGUGGUCUACCCAUACAGGUCGCUUAAUUGCAACUUUUAGAGGGGCCUCUUCGGAAAUUACAGAUAUUGCUAUCGAUUCUCAAAAUGCGUUUUUAGCUGCUGGAUCAAUAGAUAGAAUUUUGAGAGUUUGGAAUCUGCAAACUGGCGCACCGAUAGCUGUAUUAUCCGGGCACACUGGUAUGAUCACCUCAGUAAAUUUUUGUCCAACCGAUUGCUGGGGUUUAAAAUAUUUAAUCAGUACUAGUACAGAUGGUUCAAUUGCCUUUUGGACUUACACUUCAGACUCUGGAGGAACUAUCGAUUUCAGAAAUGUACCCAUAUUAUACCAGGAAAAAAUAAGACCUGGACAGGCUCAAAUGAUCUGUUCAUCAUUCAGUCCUGGAGGAACAUUUUUAGCCACUGGAUCAGCUGAUCAUAAUGUUAGAGUUUAUUACAUGAAAGGAGAUGAAGGCCCUCAAAGGAUUCUGGAAACUGAGGCUCAUACCGAUCGUGUUGAUUCAAUUCAGUGGGCUCAUUCUGGUCUCAAGUUCCUUUCAGGUAGUAAAGAUGGUACAGCAAUUAUUUGGUGGUUUGAGCAACAACAGUGGAAAAAUAUUCAUUUGGAUAUGACAACAAAAUUAUCAAAUGACCAAAAAGUAGUAGAAUGUGAUUCUAAGAAAAUAAGAGUUACAAUGGUGGCCUGGGAUAGAUCAGAUUUACUAGUUAUAACAGCUGUUAGUGAUCAUACUUUAAAAGUAUGGAAUUCUUUAAAUGGAGAAUUACUAAAAGUCUUACCAGGUCAUACAGAUGAAGUAUAUGUAUUAGAGCCUCAUCCACAUGACAAUGAUGUUAUUUUAUCAACAGGACAUGAUGGACAACUAUUAGUUUGGGAUUUAAACAAAGGAGAAAUUGUAUCAAAAUACUUAAAUGCUAUUCAAGGGCAAGAAAAUGGUGGUAUAUAUGAUGCAAAGUGGGAUCCCGAAGGAUCUGUCAUUGCUGCAAGCGAUUCUUAUGGCAAUAUUUUAACUUUUGGGUUUGGUAGUGGUAACUUUCAUGAACAGCUACCUAAAGAAUUAUUUUUUCAUACUGACUAUCGCCCAUUGGGCCGCGAUCCAAACAACUGGGUUAUCGACGAACAAACCCAAGUUCCUCCACAUUUGAUGCCUCCACCUUUCUUAGUUGACAUAGAUGGAAAUCCUUACCCUCCAAUGUUGCAAAGACUGGUACCAGGCCGUGAAAAUUGUAACGUCGACCAAUUAGUACCAAAUAUAGUUAUUGGCAAUGAAGCAGAAGGAACACAAGAAGUGAUUCAAGAUGUUCCAAGACGGUUUCUUGAGGACUCUGAAGAUGAAGAUGUUAGAGGAAAUGCUGGAGGUUCAUAUAGAAGUCAGAGAAUUAGGCAGAGCACUGGAGAUUGGCAGACAGACCACAAUAUUGAAUGGAAAAAGACUGUCCUGAUACAGCCUUUGCUUCCUUCAGUUUUAAAAAGAUUAAAUGAAGUUAGAAAACUAACUGAAGAUGCGGAAAUGAAAGAAUAUCAAAAGCAAUUACGUCAGAGACCACAUAUGAUAUCGACCGCAGGUCCCAGUAAUUUAAAAGCUAAAUUAAAAGACAAGAAAAAACGCGCAUCGGGGUCUAAAAAGCCUAAAACUCGCAGAAAUUACGAACCAGUAACAGAAGAACUGUUGGAAAGGUAUGAUAUAGUUCCAUUAAGCGAUAACGCAACUGACGACUCUUCAAUAUCAGAUUGGGAGGAAGAAGUUUCUGAAACUCGAAAAAGAAGAACUAGAAGAAGAAAGGUUUACCGCAAGUCAUCUUCGGAUAAUGACGAGGACGACGACGAAUCGUCUGAAGACUCAGAUCAAACAGAUGAAGAUGAAGAAUCGUCGGAAGAAGAAAAAGAAGAACGAAAGACGAGGAAUAACAAGGAAACAACUAGAAACAAUAAGGAAAAGGCACGAAAAGUGUCUCCUAAGCCUUCAACAUCUAAAAAUAAUAAUGCUGCUAAAGUCACCGUGAAUAAACAAACAGCUUCUGUUUCUUCUCCAACAAAUGGGACAACUAAGGGACCAAAAAUUAAGAUUUCGGAGCAUUACAAAUUAAGUGAAUGGCUCUCGGAGACAAGACCAAGAAAGUCGCCCUAUUAUCCACAAAUUAGUGACGAACUUGUUUACUUCGUUCAAGGUCACCAACUGUACGUAGAAGCGGUAAAAUUAAAGAAUAUAUACGAACCGCUAAAUAAGGAUCUCCCAUGGGUAAAAAUGCAAUUGAAAGAUAGGGAGUUUUGUAAGGUGGUCGACAUACAUUACGAAAUUAAACCGCCGAGGUUGUGCUGUUUGAAUUUAGCCAUUCAAGAUGAAGACGGCUGCUUUACAGGGCGCUCAUUAACAGUGAAAUAUCACGAUAUGCCCGACGUACUUGAUUUUUUCGUUUUAAAACAGUGUUAUUUGACGGCGUUAUCUAGAGAUUGGGAUGUCGGCGAUAAAUUUCGAUGUAUGAUAGAUGAUAACUGGUGGAUCGGAGUAGUUAAAGGAAAAAGUGCGGUGAAUGAGGCGUAUCCAGAAUCCAUUUUCAUGUACUAUGAAAUAUGUUGGACAAACGGCGAAAGCGAAAGAAUGAGUCCAUGGGAUAUGGAACCUAUCGACGAAAGCCGUAUACCAGAAGAUGAUAAAGCUGCAAUGCCAGUAUCUAGUAGUGAACUAAAAUCAAUUCUGUACAAGCCUGUUCCAGAAGACUGGCCUAACUUUGAAAGGGAUAGUGCUUGUAGGGCCAUCACUAUUGGUAUAACUCAGGUGAUGGAAUUGGCAAUAGCAGAACCAUUUCUAGUGCCUGUAGAUGUUAAUGUAUAUCCUUCCUACGCCCGCAUCAUAGAAUAUCCGAUAGACUUAUCUACUAUUAAGGCGAGAUUUGAAAAUAAUUUUUAUAGGCGUUUAUCCGCAGCUCAGUUCGAUAUUCGUUAUUUAGCUAUAAAUGCCGAAAAAUUCAAUGAGAAACGUAGUGUGAUAGUAAAACACGCAAAAAUAAUAACAGAGUUGUGCCUUAGAAUUCUCAAGAGUGGUGAUAACGGCAUAGACGUAGCUUCAAUUUAUCAUCAAUUAGUAGAUGGUUAUGACUCAUUCAAUGCAGAAGAUGACAUUGAAAUACCCCAACCAUCUACUAGUCGCGCAUCGAGAUCUCUGUUAGUCCGAGCCUGGAAAUCUCCAGAUGACUGGAAACUAGAAGCUCAAACACUUUUAGAACUGAUGUGGCAAACAGACGAGUCAGGACCAUUUAGGACUCCCGUCAAUAAAAUUAAGUACCCAAACUAUCAUAAGGUUAUCAAGAAUCCAAUGGACUUGGGCACAAUCAAAGAUAAAUUGGUCAACAACGCUUAUCAAGUACCGCAAGAAUUUUGUGCUGAUAUGAAAUUGAUGUUUCAAAACUCCAGAACGUUUAACACUAACAAGAGAUCUAGGAUAUACAUUAUGACCGUACAUCUGAGCAGUAUGUUUGAAGACCACGUUAAAAAGAUUAUGACCAGCUGGCGUUUAUGCAAGAAACGUCAACGUCACAUCAACAGCGAGUCUGAAGACAGUGAUAUCAGUGUCGGUUCGCACAAUAGUUCGUUUAAAAACAGAAACCUUAAAAGAAAACAGAAACCGGUGCUGUUUAACGCUUCGACUAACUCAGAUAGUGACAGCGACAAUACUCCUUUACAAACGUUGAGAAAUAUGAGCAGAUCAAACACAGCCACCGAGUCAGAUACGACUUUAGAUAAAGUACCUUUUUACACGCCUAUGGAGGAUAAGAACAACUCGUCCGGACCUGAACUAAACGGUGAUCACGUCGAGUUUGAGUAUCUUCCAGGCCCGUCCACAUCAAAUCGUAUUGAAUACUUCGAACACAACUACUCAUCUAAAAGACUGGAACCGAACGUACGACCUAAUAAGAACGAGAAGAAAAAUAAUUCAUACGUCGAGAAAAGUGAAGAAGAUGAUGAAUACAAACCAACUACUUUCAAUAAACUCAGGAACAAAGUCUUUUCAGAUAGCGACGAUCCAUCUGAGUCUAAAGGGACAAAUAAAAAGAAGGAAGACAUAUCUUCGAGUUACGUCAAAUUACAGAGACUGGAAUUAUCACCGGCAGGUUCGGAAACCAACGAUGACAGCUCCGAGCUCACGAAUUCGAGAGUGAAUAAUGAUAACCAACCAUCUACCUCUGCGCAAAGCAAUAUUGAAAAUUCUCCGAGUGAAGAUUCGGACGAACUCGAAAGCGAUAGCAAGUUGAAAAGAAACGGCGCGAGAAGAAAAAGAAGACAAAGUAGUGACGAAGAUUUUUGCUUAGAAGAGAGCAGUUCUAAUUCCAGGGCGAAAAAAACCGCUUUAUCUUCAAGAAGACGAAGAAAACAUAGUUCAGAGUUAGACGAAGACUUUGAAAUCAACAACAGGAGUUUUAGGUCGAAAAAGAAGACGACACGGAGAAAACGAAGACCUUCCUUUGUCGUUGAAGAUUCAGAUCAAUCUUCCCCAGAAGAGACGUCUGAUUCCUCUAGUAGUUCCAGUAAAAUAAGAAAAAGAAAAGCUGGUUUGAGACAGAAGUUAAAGAGGAAUAAAGUGAAUCAGUCGAGCGAGUCGGACAAUGAACUUCUUUCUAGGUUAGCUUCUAAGAGGAGGAAGGUUUUGAAAAGCGGGAGCGAUGAUUCCGACGAUGACGAUAUUCCAUUGGUGCAAAGUAACGGUAAAGGAUACUUUGCUGGUGUUAGCAGUAGAGGACGGAUUAGAAAAAUAACAGAACGCGCUGCGGCCUUCUUGAAGAAGGACAAAAAGGUUGGAUGAUGCCGAGAGAGUUACUGUAUCGGCAAAUUCAAAAAACGCUGUAGCAAAUGUUGUAGACACUAAUGUCGUUUCAACUUUGUGGCGUCGUGAUUGUGUACAUAGAACGAUCGGUAUGUGUAAUAAGUACCAAAAGUUUAUUUUAAUUUGUUGUUGUUUUUUUACGAAUAAUGACUAAAAGAUCUCCAAAGGGCGAGACUAAUUUGUCCCACAAUUAGACUGCCACGUUAAAAAAAUAAAACUAGUAAAAAUUUAAAAUCGGGUUUAUACGAAUUUAAAACUGAUUUUAAAAACUUCAAUUUAAAGUUUGUUGUGGGAAAUAUUUGUACAUAUAGUUUAGGAAGAUAUCGAUAAAUGAUAUAAAACGCGUUAUAUUUGUUUACUUGUUUCUUACCUUAGUUAUAUUACCUAAGUCCAAAGAAGGUGAAUAAGUCAUAUAUUUUGUUUAAACUCUUUUUUAACUGUAUGACAAAAUACCAGAUGUAGGAGGAUAAUAUUUUAAAUGCACCUUAAAAUUAUUUUCCAGAACGAAUUCAUACAUCUGUUUAUUCUAAUUAGUUUUGUUAUUAUUUAUUUUUAGUGAGUGCAAAACUGCCCCCUAGAAAUGUAAUAAAAAUGUUAAUAAUAUACAUCUACAUAUAUUUUUUUAACUCCAAACGAUUUGUGAUUAAAGUGUUUUUUUAGUUCUUUCCAGAGUAGUUCCAUAUUCAUUAUUUUAUUUUUUAAUAUAGUCUUUUGUCUUAUAUAACAGAAUGGCUUAGAUUUUUAUUAUUUCAUGUUUCAAGUUUAAGUAUUAAAUACAGAAAAUAAACA